CAUGUGCAGAGCUAAACAGAAGCUUUUCUUUGGGAGAUUCUAGGUGCAUCGGUAGAGAUAAUGAACAGAAACGAAGCAUGGAUGCCCAUGAUGCUUCAGUAAAAAUAAACAACCAGGAUAGUACCAGCAAAACAAGUAUAGAUAAUAUCAGCACUAGUAGCGCAAACAGUGAGGAGAUGGAUGAGAAUGUGUUGAACUUCCAAGGUAGUAACAGCAGUUUUUAUAAAGCAGUGCAGAAAAACAAUAAAGCUAGAGUUACAGAGAAGUCUUCCAAGCAUUCUAAAUUUUUAGGUUUUCCAAAAAUGGCCUCCUUCAGGAAAACCAAGUCAGUGGCUGCUGAAAAGCAAAGCAGCAUUAAGAACAAGACAGAUGAAUUACACAGAGAGGAGGAGGGUGAGGUGGAAGACAGCACAAAGCCUUUGCAGAACAGUUCAUCCAGCUCUGCUUUCCAAAGUAAGGACAACUGUCUUGCAGAGUAUUCAGACGACGAUGACUUAUUCUAUGAGAGACCUGCUGGAGCAUUUAACAGAGUUAGCCUGAGAAAGGCUUCCAGCUCUGGCCGGAUGCUCUUGGAAGAUGUGGGCACCAAUCCUACUCCCAGAAUGGCCAGACCAAAACACUGUGACGGAAAAGUUUUAACUUCUGUUGAGAAUAAUGACAAUGAGUUGACAGAAUAUCCCGAACUGAGGAAAUCUUCAUCUGAGAAUGACUUUAAAAGGAACAAAAACACAGAGAGUAAAAAAUUCAGGACUAGGUUAGCCUUGGCCCACAAAUCCUUCUCAAGUUUCUUUGAAUCUAAAUCUCUGGAGAAGGAAAAUGCUGAGCAGAGUCCAAAGAUUUCAAUGAAAAAUGAAAAGGAAAAAGCCAAAUUGUACCAAACAUCCUGGAAAGCAUUUCUGAAAAGCAAGGAGGCAGAUGGUCUGAAGCGGUCUGCCUUAUCGAGUUCCCUUCCAACACCGCAGAGUUCUUGUACACACAGAAGCCCUGGCAGCUUUGCUAGAAGAAUAUCCAAAGAAAAGCUUGAAUGCCACAGUGGACAAGUCUGUAUGAGUUCAGGGGUGUCUAAUGGCCCCUCUACAGAAGCUGGACAUUCUGAUUCCUCUGGGACCAGUGACUUUCUAUCUGUGGAUGCCAGGAGAAGAAGAGGAGGUAUAUCUCGUGAACUUAGUGUGAACUGCCCUCAUAGCCCAGACUACAAUGGGAAAGAGGAAGCAAUGGGCACCAACGAAGAUAAUUCCUUUGAAGAAUUUUGGUUGAAAUCCCCUAUUAGUCCAAUUGACCUGCAAUCAUCAUUUUCUCACUUCACUCCUUCUUGCCCCCAGUUGUCAAUGUAUGAACGGAAAGAUAUGCCAUGCAGGCCUAUGAGCCCCAAACCUCAGAGUCCUAGGACUAAUUCUCGGAAGAGUUUCCAUUACCCUGGAAGGUUAAGUUCUACUUCAAUGAUAUCUCUGGGCAACAUUUCUGUGCUUGAUAGCAAUGUGGAAGCUCCAGAGAGGCCAAAGACACUGAAACCUAGGUCUAGCUUCUUGUUGUCUAUGCAUUCGUUAGAUAAUGACUAUCAAAGAGAAGACAGUGGCAUAAGCAGCCAGUCGCAGAUCAGCUUAAACACUGCUUCCUCAGUGAGUGAUAUCAUCAGAGAUGAGGAGAGUAUCCAGCAAAGUCCAAUACCAUCAGAAAAGAGGCCAGAUGAGAAAUGGAGUCUUCACUGCAGAAAAAAGUCUACUCAGAUGCCACUGCCUCUGCACUCAUUCUCACACAUAGAGAACAAAGCCUGGAUGCUUCCCUUCCAUGUUCAUGGUGGAAGAGCAAACGAGUGCACGCAGAGGAAGAGGCGCAGACCCUUACACAAGCAUUUCAGCUUUGAUGAUGCAUGGAUGGAAAGGAAUCGGAAAAGGAAACUUGUGAAGGAAACACAAUCAGACAGAGAGACUGAACCAAGUAACCUCCCGGAGGAUGUGCUAAAAGUUAAAAUGGAACCAUCCAUUACUACACCAGUGGCCUUCAAUGCUCACCCUUUCAAGUUACAUCUCUAUUCCCAGAGCACACCCACAGGUUUGGACUGCGUGGGCCUGAGACAGCACAUCUCCUUUCCAGUAAUUGCUGACGGGUCACUGGAGAAGACGAGUGAUGAUGUGGGGAGCGAGGAAGAUUUGUACGAGGAUUUCCGGAGCUCCAGUCACCGUUAUGGCCACCCAGGUGGCGGAGGAGAGCAACUUGCUAUUAAUGAGCUCAUCAGCGAUGGAGGUGUGGUCUAUGCAGAGGCCCUCUGGGAUCACGUCACCAUGGAUGACCAGGAGCUGGGCUUUAAGGCUGGCGAUGUCAUUGAAGUAAUGGAUGCCACUAACAAGGAAUGGUGGUGGGGCAGGAUAAUGGAUAGCGAGGGCUGGUUCCCAGCCAGCUUUGUACGGCUCCGAGUGAACCAGGAUGAGCCAAUGGAAGACUAUUCUCUGAAGUUAGAGGACGGCAGGGCAGAAGACUCCCAAAAUGCUGCCCACCGUUAUGGGGUGGGGCAAACAACCAAGGAUCAGAUGAGGACCAAUGUUAUCAAUGAGAUCCUAAGCACAGAGAGAGAUUACAUCAAACACCUGAAGGACAUCUGUGAGGGCUAUAUAAAACAGUGCCGUAAAAGAGCAGAUAUGUUCACUGAGGAGCAACUGAAAACUAUCUUUGGAAAUAUUGAGGAGAUCUACAAGUGCCAGAAAAAAUUUGUUAAAGCAUUGGAGAAAAAAUUCAACAAAGAUUACCCACAUCUGAGCGAGAUUGGUUCCUGCUUUCUGGAAUAUCAAAAUGAAUUCCAGAUCUACUCUGAGUACUGCAACAACCACCCCAAUGCCUGUGCAGAGCUUUCCCGACUCACCAAAGUGAACAAGUACGUCUAUUUCUUUGAAGCCUGUCGGCUGCUUCAGAAGAUGAUUGACAUCUCUCUGGAUGGCUUCCUCCUGACUCCGGUGCAGAAAAUUUGCAAAUACCCACUGCAGCUUGCAGAACUGCUGAAGUAUACAAACCCACAACAUAGGGAUUUUAAAGACGUGGAAGAUGCUUUAAAUGCAAUGAAAAACGUAGCACGGCUCAUCAAUGAGAGGAAGAGGCGUUUGGAAAACAUAGACAAAAUUGCUCAGUGGCAGAGUUCCAUAGAGGAUUGGGAGGGUGAAGAUGUCCUUGUCAAGAGUUCUGAACUCAUCUAUUCUGGAGAAUUAACGAAGAUCUCCCAGCCUCAAGCCAAGAGCCAUCAGAGAAUGUUCUUCCUCUUUGAUCACCAGCUUGUGUGCUGCAAGAAGGAUCUCCUGAGACGUGAUAUCCUGUACUAUAAGAGCCGAAUCAGCAUGGACAACAUGGAGAUCCUGGACGUGGAUGAUGGCAAAGAUAAAGACUUCAAUAUCACUGUUAAAAAUGCAUUCAAGUUGCUCUGUAAGGACACAGAGGAAGUCCACUUGUUUUGUGCAAAAAAGCCUGAACAGAAGCAGCGUUGGCUCAAGGCGUUUGAGAAUGAAAGGAAGCAGGUUCAGCUUGACCAGGAAACGGGUUUUUCCAUCACUGAGGUUCAAAAGAAACAAGCUAUGCUUAAUGCCAGCAAACAAAACCAGACUGGGAAACCAAAAGUGGUUACCAGGACGUAUUAUGACUUCCUGAUGCGCCAGAAGCACCCUACCUUGCCUACAAACCUCCCCCAGCAGCAAGUCUUCAUGCUGGCAGAGCCCGCGCAAACCUUCAAACUUCUGGCAGAACAUCAGCAGGCUGGCACCAUUUCGAAAAUAAGUGGAAGCAGCUUGUGUCAUGUGCCUGAAGACCUUCUGAGAAAGCACUUUAUGCAGCAAUCCCUGCAAAACAAAGCACUAGCUCCCUCACCUGGCUUUCAGGGGGAUAGCACCCACCCUUUAUUCCCUCGUUUCUUUUGCCAGACUCAGUGAGCCAGAGUGAAGAGGAUGACAUGGGCCAUUUUUUUGUCGUUUGUGUGUGCGUCCCUCUCGCACUCUCUCUCCUUGUUUUUGGUACUGAGUCAAGCCUGCACAUCCUUUCAAAUACUUGGAAGAGAAAGCAAGAGACAAGUGUCUGAAUCUCCUUCCUCUUCCUUUUGUAAUCUUCCUCAUUUUGUUGGAUUCAUCUUGGGCUGUGCCUACCCUUAGGAAUGCUGUUUGCUUUCCGUUUCAGCCAGGCAGAAGGAGUGAGCAAGUGAGCAGUCCCUGUUACCUGCUUGGUGUUUGCUCAGAACAGCUGGUCAAUGCUGCUGCUGUGAAUGCACUUUGCUGGGGUGAACAGUAACCCUCCUCUCACUUCCACCAGUCCCCCACUAUUGGAAAUCCUGAAGUACAGAACAUCCCUGCCUGGCACUCAGAUGACAUUCAUAGGGAACCACCUUUAACCAUCAUCAGCUGAAAACACAACUAUUGAUGGUGAACCAGACCAUCAGAUACAGACCCUGAAGCAUGACUAACAACAGACUCUCGCAAUCUAGUUGAGUUAAUGUACGUUGGGGGAGGGUGGGGUGCGUGGGUUUGGGGAAAAUGUGCCUAAAUUAACUUUGGAUUACUUUUACUCUCCACCAACACUUUGCCAUAGUUCCUGGCCAAUGAAAAUUUUGUCAAUGUUUUUAAUGUUUAUUUAUGGUAAAAGUGCAGAUAACUGUAUUUUGUAAAAGUUUGUAAUCUGUCUUGUCAGAUGUUAACUUGAUGCCUGUUUUGUUUAUCCCCACCCCCACAAAAGACCAACAUUUGUAAGCCUAAAGAUAUGCCAUGCAGAAGUGACUAAAGAUGAAGUUGCAGAAGUACCGGACACUUACAAAAAUCAGUAUUACUGGAUACUGUGUCACCCAUGCAGUUGUCUGCAGAGGAGGCAAAGGUGCUACAAGAGAGAUUGGAUCACAGAGCUCCUAAAUUUGUAUGGGCAGGUGGCAUUUAAGCACCUACGCUUCAAAAUUAUGGAAAUACUCAUUUAAUCUUUGAUUAGAAACAGAAAAAAUGCCUUAUAAUAGUGAGAUAGUUAGAAGCCAUAACUGACUGGAUCCCAUAAACUGGGGAUUCCUGGUACUGUGAAGUUGGAAGGCAAACCUCAACUUACUCUUGUAUGAAACUACUGCAGAGAAGCAAGCACUCAGAAGUCUGAAGCAAAGCGAUGCAGUGUCCAACUGUAGUUGGCCAAAGUCUGGUCACCUGAAUCCAGAACCAUGUACAGAUUCAUUCUUGCACUAUUAUUUCCCCCCAUGGGAGGGGCUACAUUUAAUUUCAUAAAGAAACUUGUAAAAGUGA